UUUCAAGCAAACCCAGCUUCUCUUUCCUUCUACUCUCUUUUCCACUUUAAUUGAUUUACAAAUUAGUUGGAAAAAGAUUGUAAUUUAAAUGCUAAAAUUCAGUUGGUACUCAUCCGCACUCGAAGACGACGUUGAUAAGCAAUGCGGAUCGAGUCACGAUACAAUGACAACCUUCAUUAGCAUCUUUUUAUGCAUCGGGCUCGUCGUAUCGUAUAUGCCGCAGCAUUAUCGUAUCAUUGUCAACAAAACCAGUGAGGGGUUUAGUGCCUGGUUCCUCCUACUAGGUGUCGUUUCAUCCACCUCCAGUUUUUUGAAUAUCAUUCUGCUUCAAUGGGAUGCUGUCGUCUGCUGCAAGUCACUGUCUACUGGAGCAUGUCUUGAAGGCUUGCUAGGCGUAUUCCAGAUUAUGCUUCAAUGGGCCAUGUUUUCACUUGUCUUCAUCCUGUUCUUGAUCUACUUUCCGGAAAGCCACAAAAGGGUGAACAAUCUGGACUUACCAGCCAAGUUGCACGACAUGACUAACGAAUGGAAAACGGCCCUCUUGGUUGCUAUUAUCUGUAUUGGCCAUUUGGCGAUUUCUUUCUUUAUCACUGUAAUAUUGUUGGCGGUCGUCGGAAGCCCUUCAGAACACUGGCAAACUAACUACUGGGCCGGCUUUUUGGGCAUUGUCAGCAUGAUUCUGGCUUCUUUCCAAUAUUUGCCACAGAUUGUAAAGACAUGGAAACGCAAGGCGGUAGGCGCUUUAAGUAUACCCAUGAUGCUACUCCAGACACCAGGCUCUGCACUUUUCGUUUAUUCGUUGGCAGUUCGCCCAGGAACCAACUGGACAGCAUGGAUUACAUAUCUUGUCACUGGAAUUUUGCAAGGCACACUGCUGGUGAUGUGUAUUGUCUGGCGUAUCCGCAACAAGCGCCUCGGUAUUGACGAUCUCCAUGGCACCCGCAUCGUCAAUGAAGAAACACCGCUUUUGCGUGACGAUAACGACAACAACAGCAGUUAGCUUGAGUUUACAUCUAUCGAGCUUGGAUGCAAUGUUGAUUGAUGUAAAAGAAGAAUGACGAUGUUUUGUAUACCAUAGCUUAAACAGCAGACAAUGUUAUUUAAGUAAACAUUCAUCAUAUACAAC